ACCUCCACCCAUCCAUCCAUCCAUCCAUCCAUCCAUCCAUCAUGGAGGCCGUCCCGUCCAGACUCGGCUAUCUAUUUCUGCACCUGUUUGUCUUCUGCCUCUAUGCUCAGGUAACCAAUCAGUCCUCGCCUAAUUUCACGCAGCAUGUGAGCGAGCAGAGCAAGGUGACGGACCGGGUGAGCCGCAGGCUGAUCCGUUUCUACCAGCUGUACAGCCGGACCAGCGGCAAGCAUGUGCAGGUCCUGCCCAACAAGAAGAUCAAUGCCAUGGCCGAAGACGGAGAUGUGCACGCGAUGCUCAGUGUAGAGACCGACACGUUUGGAAGUCGAGUUCGCAUCAGGGGAGCUGAGACGGGCCUCUACAUCUGCAUGAACAGAAAGGGGAAGCUCAUUGGCAAGGAAAACGGAGAGGGCCGCGACUGCAUCUUCACCGAGAUCGUCUUGGAAAACAACUACACAGCCCUGAGGAACGCCCGGUACGACGGCUGGUACAUGGCCUUCACUCGCUGCGGACGGCCACGCAAGGGCUCUCGGACACGCCAGCACCAGCGUGAGGUGCAUUUCAUGAAGAGGUUGCCGAAGGGGCAGCAGCCCACCCAUCCGGGUCAACAUCGGCCUUUUGACUUCAUCCACUACCCUUUCAGUCAAAGGACUAAACGCACACGGUACUCUUUACAGCGCUGAGGUGGAGUAGAAAGACCUGAAAACAGAAAAAGGAGGACAAAAGAACUAAAAUAUUGACUGAUGUACCGAAACAUGAUGCUUUCUUCUCCGAAACGAACCUUUAGAUAUUUUUUCGUACUGUAUCCUAACUCGUAGCCUAUUUUCAAAUGUUCUUAAGUAAACAAAGGAAGUUCAUGGACAUAAAAGAAAACAUACAUAUAAAAAAAAUAUAUUUUUGUACUCCAGGCUUUUUUUUAGUGCUGAGAAUUUCUGUUUCCUGACCCCGUCAUUUGUCUUGUUUUCAGCAUCAUUGUACAGUGUGUCGUUUUGAUUUGUUGCGUAUCGUUUUAACUAGAGGAGACUAUUUUUUUGAUUUUUUGAUUUUUUUGGACUUUCGCCUGCUGCUCAAGGAGACUUGAAGGACCCUGAGCGGCCGCACUGCCAGGAAACGCUGAGUUUUUCGGACACACUGUGAGACACGACACUGCAGAGCGCAGGCAGCACCGGCGCAGGGGGGAACACUUCGGUGUUCAGGCUGUGUGCCAGACGCUUCAUCUUUACUGGAUUCAUUUAAGCAAACGGAGCGCUCAUAGUAUAAUAUGGGACGACGUGGCAGCUAUAAUUUAUAUUAACAGGUUUCCUGCUCUGAUUGUAGUGACUCAUGUACAAAAUGUGUUUGCCCCUCUUGCCCCUUCACCUUAUGGGUUCUUGUUUCACUCCUGAUGUCUGUUUUUAUACAUAUAUAAAUAUAUUUUUAUUUGAGGAUGUGCAUAAUAAUUUUAAA